UAUAGCGGCAACGUAAACAAAGUCUAUUGGUUAUUCAUCAGCUUUUAUUACAUUUUGUAUAUAUAAUAAAUGAAAUGACUUCUAUUGCCGGUGGCCAUGGGGAAACUAAUCCAAACAGCUCCUGGUUGAGUGCUCGAGGAUUUUGGUUGGCAUAUCUUUUAGGCCUCUUGGCCAUACAUUUUGUUCUCUUAUCAGUGCCCUUCGUUUCAAUAGCAUUUGCCUGGACGGCCACAAAUUUGCUCCACAAUGCAGCACAUUUGUAUUUCCUUCACAUUAUCAAAGGAGCUCCAUGGCUGAGCAUUGAAAACGAUUCCAGCCGCCGUUGGACCCAUUGGGAGCAAAUUGAUGAUGGCAUUCAAAUGACCACCACUCGAAAGUUUCUAACUGCCGUUCCCAUAGUGCUGUUUCUGCUCACCUGUCUCUAUACACGCAAUAAUACGGAACAUUUUAUAGCCAAUUUUAUUUCUCUCGUUGUGGUCACCUUGCCCAAAUUGCCUCAAUUUCAUGGCGUCCGUUUGUUUAAUAUUAACAAAUAUUAGGUAAAAUGCCAUGAAUUCAGACAAAGGCGCCUUUUGAAAGUACUUCAUUUAAAUAUGCUCUUGAACGAGAUUUAUUCAUAGCCUGACAAUAAUCAACCUUUCUACAGGAGAAAUAUCCAAUUUCAAAACCGAUUUUCUAUUCUGGUCAAAACUCUAAAGGAAUCAUUUGGUGCCGAUCGAUUUUUUAGGGAUUAUAGGCAUAAAGGCAUUACAGGUUUGGCAUUAAGUCGCAUUAACUGUCCAACAGUUAAUCUAAUUCAAUUUUUAUUAUUAUUUGGUUUGUUGAAUUUUGUAAAUAGAAAUAAUUUAGAGAAAAAGAAAACCAAAAUGUAUAUACAAAUGUAAAUAUAUUAAAGAGAUAAUUCCUAAUUCAAUGUA